UUCGGAUUAGUUUUCGCGCGGAUUACCAACAAGAAACCAACCUGAAUGUGAUUGGCUUUCUCAGACUUCUCUGAAACACGAUGGACAUUGUUGAAAUGCUACUUUCGCAAUUUCCUAAUCCACAACAUCCAUAUGUUGCUAAAUGUGGUGCCUGUACUUGGAAAGCAUGUCAAAAAUGGGAUUUAUGUUAUCUUUCAAGGAAAAUAAAAAGUAGUUUAAAAUUUCGUUUGGCUAAAAAAGAAAGUAUCGAAGUACAAUGGGGAACAUCUUGUCCAUUUGUUAAUGCAACAUUAACAGAAUUUAAUGAAUGGAUAAAUGGAGUAGACAAUACAAAUAAUCCUUUUUCUAAGUAUCCUAAAGAAUUAUGGUGGGCUUAUGCAGAUUAUAUAGAUAUGAAAGAGUCAUCUAAAUUUCAAGAAAUAAUCAAAGAUUUAUCAUUUCAUGAAUUAUUUCCAUUUAUGAAUAAUAAUAAUAAUAUUCGUCCAGUCAUUUGGUUUGGAUCAUCUAAAUCUCAUACUAUUUGUCAUCGUGAUACAUAUGGAGUUAAUUUAGUUGUACAAAUUAAAGGUUCAAAACGUUGGAUAUUAUUUCCACCAUCAGAUAAUUCAUAUAUGUAUGAAACUCGUUUACCUAUAGAAGAAUCUACUAUAUAUAGCAAAGUUAAUUUUGCAUCCCUCAAUUAUAAAAAAUAUCCUCUUAUAUUAAAAACAACUCCUUAUCCUAUAACACUUUAUCCAGGAGAUGUACUUUUUGUUCCAAAAAAUUGGUGGCAUUUUGUUGAAUCAUCAUGUGAAUAUGAUUUUACUUGUUCAGUUAAUGUAUGGAUUGAUAUACCUUUACUUGAUAAUAAAGAACGAUUUAAAGAAUGUCUAACACAAAUAGUAGGCUUCUCUUUAAUAUCUAGUUAUCAUCAUACUAAUCAUCAAGCUUUGCUAUAUCGCACUGAACUAAUAACAUAUGAAAAUGAAUUCUGGUUUAAUAUUCUACUACAUUAUUUACGUGUAAUUUCUCAACAACUUAUCACUGGAUUUUGUUCAUCUUAUAAAACUGGAGAAGAAAAUGUAAAUGAAUCCAAAAGAGAACGAAUUAAAUUUUCUAAUAUAAACAAUUGGGAACCAUUACUAUCAGAUAAACUAAACAAUUUAUUUACUAUUUCAGAAGAAAAUCCUAUAUCUGUUAAUACUACUGUGAAUAAUACUAUUAGUUUUGAACAAGUUCUUGAUGCUUUCAUGAAACCGGAUGUAAUUGAUUUGGUUGCAAAACAUCUUGAAAAUGUUUUGGUUAAUAAAGAUUUAUAAUUAAAAUUGUUUUGAUUUAGUCCCUUUCUAUUUGUUAAUUAUAUAAAUAUAUUUUUUUAGUAAGAAAA